AUGAGAUCAAACUCUUGGUUUCCACGUCUUGGGUUGCUUUACGUGGCUUUGGUGGUAUUGAUACCAUUUUUAGCUUCGUCUAGACACAGCUCAUCAUUUGCACUUGCUGCUUCUUCUGAUGAAGACGCACACGAAAAUUAUGGAACUGUUAUUGGAAUUGAUUUGGGUACCACUUACUCGUGUGUUGGUGUGAUGAAGAAUGGUAAAGUCGAAAUAUUAGCCAACGACCAAGGUAACAGAAUAACCCCAUCUUAUGUCGCAUUUAACGGUGACGAGAGAUUAGUUGGUGACGCUGCCAAAAAUCAAGCUGCUUCUAAUGUCAACAAUACCGUCUUUGACAUCAAGAGAUUGAUUGGUUUGAAAUACAACGAUGACACUGUUCAGAAGGAAUUGAAACAUUUGCCAUACAAGAUUGAAAAUAAGGGAAACAGACCUGUUGUUUCUGUUGACUACAAUGGCGAACACAAGGUUUUCACCCCAGAAGAAAUUUCAGGUAUGAUUUUGGGCAAAAUGAAGUCUAUUGCUGAGGAGUAUCUCGGAAAGAAAGUUACACACGCAGUCGUCACUGUACCAGCUUACUUUAAUGAUGCUCAAAGACAAGCUACCAAAGAUGCUGGUACUAUUGCUGGUUUGAACGUUUUGAGAAUUGUUAACGAACCAACCGCCGCCGCCAUUGCCUAUGGAUUAGACAAGACUAACGAAGAGAAACAAAUUAUUGUUUACGACUUGGGUGGAGGUACUUUUGAUGUCUCGUUGUUGUCUAUUGAAGGUGGUGUUUUUGAAGUUUUGGCUACUGCUGGUGACACUCAUUUGGGUGGUGAAGAUUUCGACCACAAGAUUGUUAGAUACUUGGCAAAGCAAUUCAAAAAGAAGCACAACAUUGACGUCUCUUCAAACCCUAAAGCCAUCUCCAAAUUGAAGAGAGAAGCAGAAAAGGCAAAGAGAACCUUGUCCUCACAAAUGUCAACCCGAGUUGAGAUUGACUCAUUUGUUGAUGGUAUCGACUUUUCAGAAACUCUUUCAAGAGCUAAAUUUGAAGAAUUGAACAUGGCCUCAUUUAGAAAAACUUUGAAACCUGUUGAACAAGUGUUGAAAGAUGGUAAUGUCAAGAAGUCUGAAAUUGAUGAUAUUGUCUUGGUUGGUGGUUCUACCAGAAUUCCAAAAGUUCAAGAAUUAUUGGAACAAUUCUUUGACGGCAAAAAGGCUUCAAAAGGUAUCAACCCAGAUGAAGCUGUCGCCUAUGGAGCCGCUGUUCAAGCUGGUGUCUUGAGUGGUGAAGAGGGUGUUGAUGACAUUGUUUUGUUGGACGUUAACCCAUUGACCUUGGGUAUUGAAACUUCAGGUGGUGUUAUGACCACUUUGAUUAGGAGAAACACUGCCAUCCCAACCAAGAAAUCACAAAUCUUUUCAACUGCUGCUGAUAACCAGCCAACAGUCUUGAUUCAAGUUUACGAAGGUGAGAGAACCAUGGCCAAGGAUAACAACAGAUUGGGCAAAUUCGAAUUGACUGGUAUCCCACCAGCACCAAGAGGUGUUCCUCAAAUCGAAGUCACCUUUUCUUUGGAUGCCAAUGGUAUCUUGAAGGUUGAAGCUGCUGACAAGGGAACUGGUAAAUCCGAGAGUAUCACCAUUACCAACGAAAAGGGAAGAUUAUCAAAGGAGGACAUCGAUAGAAUGGUAGAAGAGGCUGAAAAGUAUGCUCAACAAGAUCAAGAAUUGAAGGAAAAGAUUGAGGCUAGAAACUCUUUGGAAAACUAUGCCCAUCUUUUGAAAGGACAAUUGAGUGACAAGUCUGAAACCGGAUUGGGAUCCAAAUUAGAAGAUGACGACAGGGAAACUUUGGAUGAUGCCAUUAAGGAAACUUUGGAAUUUAUUGAAGACAACUUUGAUACUGCAACCGCAGAAGAGUUUGAAGAACAGAAGCAGAAAUUGAUUGACGUUGCUAACCCAAUAACUGCCAAAUUAUAUGGCGGUGCUGGUGGUGCAGCUCCAGGAGGAGAAGGAGAUGCCAAGUUUGGAGACGAUGACUCCGAUGAUGACAUAGAUCACGAUGAAUUGUAG